AUGAGUCGCACUGGCCCUGGUGAAAUUGGGUCAUACAAGGGCAUUGAAGUCCGGAAGAGGCAAAGCAGAGACACAACCAUAUGGGUGAUCAGAUAAAACAAUGAGGUAUUGUUUCUUCCCUGGUUAGCAUCAUUUGUGCAUCGGCUCUCUACAAUUCCCCAUAUCCGUGUAACCUGGCUCUGUCUUGAUUGCAGCGAGAUGCGCGGCCUGCGCAACAAAACAAAACUGCUAUCACAACCGGCUCUUUUUCCAUGGCAGACCAAAACGAUGCCGUCACCAAUGGCUCUCUGGUGCGUCUGCCCAAGCCUGUAUCUCAAUCCAAGGACCGUGACACCGACUCCAAGUCAACCGCAACAAAUCCGUUUGAAACAUCCAAGGUUUCUUCGUACAGCCACAAACCUAAUUUCGUUCCAGUGUAUGUAUUAGACACUUUAUCUCAAGCCCACUACAAAGAACAGCUCACCAACACAAACGUUAACAUCAACCAAACCGAUGUGCAUGCUGCCAACCGGCUCAGUCACUUUUCAACCCAGUCGGUAUAUCUUCCCGACCACCCCGCUAACCACAGCAACACCACCACCACCCCAACCAAGCGGGACGAAGAUGAUUACCUCUCAUUUGCCCACGAUCCGUUCGUACGAUCCAUGGACAACAAUUGGCACAAGUUUUUGACUUCAAUCAAGCAGCCCAAUACCUACUCGCAUGACGUUUUAUCGUUUGACAAGCACACGGUGUUUGAAAAUAAACUCGACGGGAGCUGGGGCGGUGAGGUUCGCUUGAAGACUGCCCUCUUGGGCACCCCGUCCACCGAUGACGACACAUUUCUGGGCGAGGGCCACCGGUGGUGGUUCAGAAGCCUCUUCACCAGAAAGGAACCUAUUCGAUCUCUCGAAGACAAUCCCCGAGUCCGGUCAAAGGCUGGAUACUGGAUGUCGACCGAGAAGCGAGCAGACUUGUUCCCUAUGCUCAAGCGGAUAUUCGUGGUGAACCCGCUAGUUCCACUUAUGCUUCGGAUCAUGAUCAUCUUCUUCUCCGCUUGCGCAUUGGGACUUGCGUGCACUAUUUUCCAGUUUUCCAACCACAAAUACGGUGGCAGCAAAGUGGAACAACAGCCCAGUACGAUCAUGGCCAUCGUGGUGCAAUGUCUCGCCAUUGUUUACGUGGCCUACAUUUCAUACGACGAGUAUACGGGUAAACCUUUGGGACUACGCGACCCGUUGGGGAAGAUGAAGCUUAUCAUGUUAGACCUUUUGUUCAUCAUCUUCUCCUCUGCCAACCUUUCAUUGACCUUCAACACGCUUUACCAAGAUGAAUGGGUCUGUCAAAGUGAUAGAGAUGAGGAUAUUGCAUCAUCAUCGAGCACAAUUCUGUUUUUUACCCCUACGGUAGCAUCAAUUUGCAGGAGGCAGCGGGGGUUGGCAGCGUUUUUAUUUCUUGUCCUCAAUCUUUGGGUAUUGACGUUUACCAUCAGUAUCAUUAGAUUGGUAGACAGGGUGACUGUGGCAGGUCAUCGAACAGACUAAGGGCCGUUUAUAGCAUUUCCUGUUCCAUUACGGGUAGAGCAUCAUGAUUUUUAAUGUACGCACAAAAUUUG